GAAAGUUGGUAAUUUGGCCUGCUCCACCACAGCGAGCAUAUCCAGUUAUUGAUCCGAGUGCAUAGCCGUCUUCGAUUAAUAUUGUGAUCCGAGAAUUCUCAGAGGGGUUGCCAGCAAAUCCAGGCAAAUCCCCUUCCCAGAAAAGGUGAUCGAAGCGACAUAUUUUAUUGAUCAACUAGUUUGGUGAGUAGUAGUUAACGACAAGCGUGUCAGAUUCCUUGAUUACACGUUCAUAGGUAUUCAGCUCAGAGAAGGAAGUAGACGCAGCUGCUAACCACGGGAGCCAGCAUGUCUAAAGAUUCUUUACACUCCUCUGAUGAGGAGACAAUCUUCGGUGACGUAGACAGGCCCGGUGCAAAACCUCAUCUCAAAUCUCGCAUUCUUCACCUGUGGCCUUGGUUAAGCAUUGGUUCGCUUAUAAUCACAUCCGUGUCCUCCUUCACGCUGUGGAUGAGCACGCCUUCUGCUCAUCUUGCUAUAUACUCUCCAGCAAGUGUUGCUGUUGAGCCUGUUAUUACAAGGUUCAAUGGGACCAUCAUUUUUCCUUCUAUCUAUCGUAUUCACAGUGGACCUCUUGACGCUCCCGACUAUCAUGGCCCUCCUUCCCCAGAACUCGAUGCUGCUUGGGACAGGAUUUCUGACGAUGUGCCACCAAUCCAGGUUACGAUUGAUGACCUACGUAAAGCUGGAGAAGUAGAUUUACCAGCGAAGGUUAAGUAUCCACAAAGUAGCGGUGGAGGUUUCAUGGCAUCGUUGGAAGUCAAUCAUCAAAUGCGUUGUCUGAACUUCCUUCGCAAAUCCUCUUGGCCCGACCAUUACAAGUUGGAUCCCUGGUUGCAGCGGGACCCCUCGGUAGUUCGAAUGCAUCUUGCAUCCACGUUAGAUGACUGCAUCGAACUGAUCAGGCAGUCUAUCAUGUGCCAUGCCGAGGUUGCGAUGAUCACGUGGGACUGGGUGAAGGACCACAAACAAGCCUACCCCAACUUCAACACCCGCCAUGCAUGUAGGAAAUUUGAGAAUGUCAUGGACUGGGCUAUGCAACAUGCUGAUCGAUCCGAGGUUACUCGGAUGGAGGAUACGAUUGACCUCCCUUUCCCUCAUCAGUACAAAGUGGCCCACCGAGGACUGAAUAUUCCCAGUGAAAACUGGUCAGUGUGGGAACGUGUGAGAGCGUGCCACAUCGUGCACCGCCAGCUGAAACCACCCUUGCACGAUCUCGACAAGAAAUCCGGACGAAUACACGAUGCAGAAGGAGUCCAUAUCCGAAAACUGUUGGGAUCCGACGAAUCCGAAGGAGACAAGGCCGAAAGGAUGAGAGCCGAGAGGGAGAGGCAGCAACCGGCCGAAGCAUAG